CAGGAAGAGAGGGAGAGAGAAGAGCAGGCAAGCCAGGCGAUAUCUGGCCAACCAAAUAUAGCAUGUCUUCUAUUUUCUUGUCCUCUUAUCUGUUCCUUAAGCCUUUUCCCCAGCAUGUCUGAAAGGAAAAACACUAAAUCACAUGAAUACAAAGACAGAUCAACACUUCUGAUCAUGUAUCACUGUCACUGGCUGUUUCAAACAAAUCUUAUAUUCAGGCUGAAAGGGUUCAAUCUGUACUUUUUCCGCUAUAUGGGGGAAAAGCUAGUAAGAAUGGCUUUCUGUUCACCAGAAGGGCCACUUUCAGUUUGUCUCUUAAUUAAGUGCCAAACAAAAGCUUUGUCAUAGUGACGCCGUGACAUCCACGUCAGUUGAACGUCAAGUGGGCCCAAAAGACAGCUGUGUUUGGCAGGGAAACGCUGGUGGUUUCUGACACCAUGGCAUCAUAAGAUCGCUCUUAUCAGUAGCUUUCUACCUCACCAUCAGUUAGGAUAGAACCACAAGCUGCUACGUUUCAUCACGAUCUCGCUACAGUUUCAGUAUGGCUCUCACAGACUUCCUUGCUGCGUCAGAUAUUACUUCAGCUAUCAAUGCUUGCAAAGCAAACGACUCCUUCAGCCCAAAGAAGUUUUUUGCGAUGGUGGGCUUGUCCAAGAAGUCUCCCCCUGAGAUUGAGAAGAUCUUCAUGAUCCUGGACCAGGACAAGAGUGGCUACAUCGAACAGGACGAGCUACAGCUUUUCCUCCAGAACUUCUCCAAGGGGGCUCGUCCCCUGACAGCGGCUGAGACCAGAGCCUUUCUCCUAGCUGGGGACAAAGACGGGGACGGAAAGAUAGGCUGGGACGAGUUCUCCAACCUUGUCAUGUCUUCAUAAAGAGAGGAAGAUAAAGAAGAUGUUUAUUUUUGACAAUCUUGUAGUUUGAAGACAAGCAGUACAUGGUCUGUGUGAAUCUGCUCAGUGCCUUCUUGGGUUGGUCCAGCCUCUGUCUGUCAGUACAAGUAGUGCAAUAUGCUGUAUGCUAGUUUUGACUAAGGAAAAUAUGAUAUUGUAAACCAAUACAAAUAAACAGUCUUUGGCUUAACACUU